AUUACUUUGCGGACCUGCUACCUCGCUGUGUGCGUUUGGUCUGUUUUGCCAGUUGAUGCGGGCAUGGCUGGUGCUAAACAUGUCGUUAAAUACACCCAGUGAUGAUCAUCUCUAGCAGCACUCUGCCUGUACAUGUUAUUGGUAUAUAGCAGAUAUUUAAAGGAUUUUUGUGCUGUUCUCUUGCAUUUCUUUUUUUUUUUUUUUUACCGUUGGUCGGGAGUGUUCAAUCAAAGAAACGCGAAUCAGACGAGAGAGAGAGAUCGUAAAGGAUUUUCUUUUUUCUUCUUAUCUUCUUUAUUUCUGCAGAGCGAAAUAAACAUGGCGAGUGAUUCUCCGGCUCGCAGUCUGGAUGAAAUUGAUCUCUCCGCUCUGAGGGACCCUGCUGGCAUCUUUGAAUUGGUAGAGCUUGUUGGAAAUGGCACAUAUGGACAAGUGUAUAAGGGUCGGCAUGUCAAGACCGGCCAGCUUGCUGCUAUCAAGGUCAUGGACGUCACUGGGGAUGAAGAGGAGGAGAUCAAACAAGAAAUUAACAUGCUUAAGAAAUAUUCUCAUCAUCGAAACAUCGCCACUUAUUAUGGUGCUUUCGUUAAAAAGAACCCCCCAGGAAUCGAUGACCAGCUUUGGUUGGUGAUGGAGUUCUGUGGCGCUGGUUCUGUCACAGACCUGAUUAAAAACACCAAGGGGAACUCUCUAAAGGAAGAGUGGACUGCCUACAUCUGCAGGGAGAUUUUGAGGGGCCUUACUCAUCUUCACCAACACAAAGUGAUCCACAGAGAUAUUAAAGGGCAGAACGUCCUGCUGACGGAGAAUGCAGAGGUGAAGUUAGUUGACUUUGGUGUAAGUGCCCAGCUAGACAGGACAGUCGGUCGGAGAAACACGUUUAUCGGUACGCCGUAUUGGAUGGCCCCAGAAGUUAUUGCCUGUGAUGAAAAUCCUGAUGCUACUUAUGAUUUUAAGAGUGACCUGUGGUCUUUAGGAAUUACAGCCAUAGAGAUGGCAGAAGGUGCUCCACCACUCUGUGACAUGCAUCCCAUGCGAGCCUUAUUUCUUAUUCCAAGGAAUCCAGCGCCGAGAUUGAAGUCAAAGAAGUGGUCCAAGAAAUUCCAGACGUUCAUUGAUAGCUGCCUGGUGAAGAACCAUGGCCAGAGGCCCAGCACUGAGCAGCUGCUGAAACACCCGUUCAUAAGGGACCAGACCAACGAGAGGCAGGUCCGCAUCCAGCUGAAGGAUCACAUCGACAGGACCAAGAAGAAACGGGGAGAGAAAGAUGAGACAGAGUAUGAGUACAGUGGGAGUGAAGAGGAGGAGGAGGAGAAUGAUAUGGGUGAGCCCAGCUCCCUGAUCAACAUCCCUGGUGAGUCAACCCUGAGACGGGACUUCCUUCGCCUUCAGCUUGCCAAUAAGGAGCGUUCGGAGGCUCUGCGCAGACAGCAGCUGGAGCAGCAGCAGAAUGAGGAGCACAAGCGCCAGCUUCUGGCCGAGAGGCAGAAGCGCAUCGAGGAGCAGAAGGAGCAGAGACGGAGAUUAGAGGAGCAACAACGUCGAGAACGCGAGAUGCGGAAACAGCAGGAGAGAGAGCGGCGGCGCUAUGAGGAGAUGGAGCAGAUGCGCAGAGAAGAGGAGAGGAGGCAGGCAGAGAGGGAGCAGGAGUACAUCAGGCGUCAGUUAGAGGAGGAGCAGAGGCAGUUAGAGAUCCUGCAGCAGCAGCUUCUGCAGGAGCAGGCUCUACUUCUGGAGUAUAAGCGAAAGCAGAUGGAGGAGCAGAGGCAGGCGGAGCGCUUGCAGAGACAGCUGCAGCAGGAGAGGGCCUACCUGGUAUCCCUUCAGCAGCAGCAACAGCAGCAAGACCCGAAGAAGCCACUCUACCACUACAAGGACACAGUGAACCCCACUGACAAACCAGCUUGGGCCAAAGAGGUUCAACAGCAGUCCUUAAGUAAUUCUCCCCGCCUCCCAUGUAAGCAGCAGCACUCAUCCAAUCAGCAGUGGACGCAGGCAUUCAUGUCUCCAUCAGCUUCCCAUAACCCUCCACAGCAUCCUUCUAACCAAACUCCCUCCAGCAGAUCAGAGCAGAAUCAGCUGCAGAAACAGAACCUACCCAAAAUUCAAAUCACAGACCUGGGAUACCACCCGGACAAAGUGUCAAUAGCUGGACUCGAUCUAGCGGGACAGAUUCAAAAGCACGUCCAGGAACUGAAAGCUCAGAGAGCUGCUGGCAAGUAUGCGCUCUCUUCCAGAGGAUGCACCCCAGCCAAGCCAGAGCCAGCGGAUGAUGUCCAGCUGUCUGCUGGGUUUAAAAGAGUUGAAGAACGUUCCAAGUUGAACCGGCAGAGCUCUCCAGCAAUGCAGCACAAGGUGGCCAAUAGGAUUUCCGAUCCCAGCCUGCCACCGCGGUCGGAGUCCUUCAGUAGCAGUGCCUUCCAGCCGGCCAGGAUGCCCCCCAUCCACCGGCCAGUUGAGCCACAGAUGGCUCACUUGGUCCCUCUGAAAUCUCACGGUUCCGCCAUGUCCGGCUCCCAGUCUCUACAUGACCAGUCUGCCAAGGGGGUCUCUGCCUUCCAGGAGGGUAUUGUCUCACACCGCACGGAGAUGCCUCGGCAGAACUCCGACCCCACCUCCGAGACCCCGCCCCUGCCCCCCCGCAUCAUCAGCAGCGGCCGGGACGAGAUGUUUGACCACAGCGCCUGGCUGAGGCAGGAGGAGGACCUCCCACCCAAGGUUCCCCAGAGAACAACUUCCAUAUCUCCUGCCCUGAUCAGGAAAAACUCCCCUGGAAAUGGGAGUGGUCUGGGCAGCCGAGCUGCAGCACAACUCAUCAGAGCCAGUAACCCUGACCUGCAGAAGUUGGAGUUGCCCCUGGAGACGGUGUUACAGAGAACCAGCAGUGGCAGCUCGUCCAGCUCCAGCAACCCCAGCUCGCAGGGGGACUCCCAGCCGGGCUCCAGCGAGAGGAACAGAGUCAGAGGAACAAAUAAACCCGAAGGCUCUCCCAUAAUGACUCAGGACCCCUCAAAGGUGAAGCAGGAGGAAGGACGAGACAUGACCAGACCCAGCCGGCCUGCUGACCUGAGCGCUCUGGCGAAGGAGUUGCGGGAGCUGCGCAUUGACGAGACGAACCGACCACCCAUCAAAGUGACGGAUUACUCUUCCUCCAGCGAGGAGUCCGAGAGCAGCGAUGAAGAGGAGGAAGACCCAGACAAUGAGAUGCAUGAUGGCACAGUGCCAGUCAGCGACAUCCCCCGGAUAAUGCCCAGUGGAGUGCCUGGCAACGAUCCUUACAGCCUGGGGGUGAUGGGAAGCCACGACGGGUCUCGUGCAGACUCCUUCAGCAGCUCCUCCAGGGACGGCACCUUGGUGAUGAGAGAGACAUUGGGAGAUAGAAAGCAUUCUGGCCAUGCCGAUAGCAAUGGCUUUGCGGGCCACAUCAAUCUGCCUGAUCUGGUUCAGCAAAGCCACUCGCCUGCGGGUACACCCACUGAGGCAUUGGGACAGCUUUCGAGUCUGCAUGUGCAAGACCUGGAUUCGGAAUAUGGAUUUGGCAGUGGCUCCAAAGCCUCCUUCACUCCGUUUGUGGACCCUCGAGUAUAUCAGACAUCGCCAACCGAUGACGAUGAUGACACAUCAGCAGCAGCCAUGUUUGCCAACGAGCUGCUGCAACAGGAACAGGCCAAGCUGAACGAAGCCAGGAAGAUCUCAGUGGUGAACGUGAACCCGACGAACAUACGACCGCACAGUGACACACCGGAGAUCCGCAAAUACAAGAAGCGCUUCAAUUCAGAGAUACUGUGCGCGGCUCUCUGGGGGGUGAACUUGCUGAUCGGCACUGAGAACGGGCUGAUGCUGUUGGACAGGAGCGGUCAAGGAAAGGUCUACAACCUGAUCAACAGGAGGCGCUUUCAGCAGAUGGAGGUCCUGGAGGGGCUCAAUGUCCUUGUCACAAUAUCUGGGAAGAAAAAUAAGCUGCGAGUGUACUACCUGUCAUGGCUGAGGAACAGAGUAUUGCACAAUGACCCAGAAGUGGAAAAGAAACAGGGCUGGAUCACAGUUGGGGAGCUGGAGGGCUGUGUGCAUUACAAAGUUGUGAAAUAUGAAAGAAUCAAGUUUCUGGUUAUCGCUUUGAAGAACUCUGUGGAGAUAUAUGCGUGGGCUCCGAAACCCUACCACAAGUUCAUGGCCUUCAAGUCUUUUACAGAUCUACAGCACAGACCCCAACUUGUUGACUUAACUGUCGAAGAAGGUCAGAGGUUAAAGGUUAUCUAUGGGUCCAGCGUGGGUUUUCACGUGAUUGAUGUGGAUUCAGGGAAUCCCUAUGAUAUCUACAUCCCGUCUCAUAUUCAGAGCAAUAUCACCCCACAUGCCAUUGUGAUCCUCCCCAAGACCGACGGAAUGGAGAUGCUUCUGUGUUAUGAAGAUGAGGGGGUCUAUGUGAACACAUACGGCAGAAUCACAAAAGACGUGGUGCUUCAAUGGGGAGAGAUGCCCACCUCUGUUGCCUACAUCCAUUCCAGUCAGAUCAUGGGCUGGGGAGAGAAGGCCAUUGAGAUCCGAUCAGUGGAGACGGGACACCUCGAUGGAGUUUUCAUGCACAAGCGAGCUCAGCGAUUAAAAUUCCUCAGCGAGAGAAAUGAUAAGGUUUUCUUUGCCUCUGUUCGAUCUGGUGGAAGCAGCCAGGUCUUCUUCAUGACCCUCAAUAGAAACUCUAUGAUGAACUGGUAACACACACAUAUGAAGCGACUGGUGGAUUACAUUUUUAGACUUACGGUACACUUUAAAUAAAAAACAAACAAAAAAAAACAACACAAAAAAGACCACCUUAUAUGUGGAUUUGUAAGUCUAAAGGGUAUUUGAACGCCCGGAUAUGACUCUUCCCUAUUGACCUUCAAGCCAGUAUUGCCUGGACCGUUUGACAAGAUGGGACAACAGAUGUACAAACAGGUUCGAUCUGUGGAGGCUGAAUGAGAGCUGUGCCUCCUGAACUGUGGAUAUGGACACUGGAAGGCCUUCCUUGGGAGGCCUCUAACAAUCGUUUGCGAUUUUUUUUUUUUUUUUUUUUUUGCUUAGUUUUUUCUUUUUAUGAAGAACGGGAAAGAGUUUUGGCGGAGUCAAGUAGGGUGGGGGGUGGGCUCUAUUAUCUGCUAUUGGGGGAACAUGAAAUUGAUCUGCCUGCUGGUAGUCUUGCCUAUAUAGGUGAUGUACAAACGGUGACGGGGGGAUUUAAAAAAAAAAACAACAAAAAAAAAACAAUAAAAAUCAAAAAAUAGCAGGGGAGCACAAUUAUACAUUGAAAGUUGAUGUUUAAAGCUGGGUCUAGUUUCAAUUCUUUAACACCCACUCUCUUAAAGGCAGUUGGGUAAGACUAGUUUGUUUUAGGGGGUAAAUUUCCAUGGCUAAAUGACCAACCGUCUUUAGACUAUCAAUCUAGAUGAGGUCCUCAUUUUGAUAUUGAUGAUGCAGCUUACUGGCUUGCUGAGGUCGAGUGGUGCCAUUUGCACAGUAACUAGCCGGAUGAGGCACAGACACAGGCAUAUUGAAUGUUGGCCCACAAGAAAAUUGACAAACUCUAAAAGCCAGGUAAAACUAGAAACUAAAAAAGAAGGCACCCACAAGACUGAUGACUCCCUGUUGGCAAGGUGUUCAGAGAAUCAGACUUUCAUUUUGUUUUCUUUUAAAUAUCAAGUCUUACCAGCAGAGGUGGCCGUAAUGUAUUUUGGUAAUAACAUCUUAUCGUCCUUAAGGGUGUUUCAAUGCACAGUUUAAAAUGCUUGAGGGAUUGCUCGUAUCAGGGAACAGUCUACAACUAACUGGCACCAUUUUAUGUGGGGAGGGGGUGGUUUGGUGCUAUUUACUGCUGUUUAACUAUUGAAAUCCCCAAGAUUAGCUUGUAUACAAUUAACCCAUAUUGUUACAUUUCUAUGGAUCAAUAAAUGUAUAUUCUUAGUUCAGUUAGACAUUUGCCAUUAUGAAUUCCUGUUACUAAUGGUUACAGUUUAAAAAAAAAAAUAACAAUCGUCUCAGACGUUGGCUGCUUUUUUUUUUUUUUUUUUUUAACUUUUAAAAGUAGCUGCAAGCAUGGCUGCCUGUGGUUUUUAGGGUGUUGUCGCAGAAAAUAAAAGUUCUGUGUUGCGCUUCCUCUUUCUAACCUACCUCGUUUGUUUUCUUUUUACAGGUUUCUUUUUUAUUAUUUUUGACAUUAAAAGAGCACAAGAGUAGCAAUGGCAUCUUAUGCCAAACUGGUCAUUGGUUAGGGUAAAAUCAGAAAUGUAGGAGAUUAUUUGGCUUGGGAAUAUGCUUUUUUUAAAUGAAUUAAUUCAGUAUUUUGUCUGCUUUGAAUGAAGUUCUUACCGUUCAGUCCUUAAAGGAUAUGACAAAGCAGGAUAUUCUUACAGAAGAAAGGAAAAUUACCUUUACUUUUUUUUUUAUGGUGUUCUGUCCAAUAUUGAGCUUCAUUCGUUUUUUCUAUAUGUCAGCUAUACAGAGUUGAGCGGUUAAAGCAUUCCACACUUUCAGAAAUGAGAAAAUGAAAGUCAAUGGGCAGUUUGUUGGCAUUCGGCAGCAUGCAUCACUGAAUAUAGAGAAAAGAUGGGGGGGGGGGUUAAACUUACCGUUAGAGCAAACAUCAUACAAAGAAGGCGGCACAGAUAAAAACCCUCACUGAAAUUGUAUUUGAAGCGGAGUUGAAAUAGGAAAUUAACAGUUUUAGAAUGAUGCAUUGGGGGUACCAAAGGCUAUGUAUUUUAAAAGUCAAAAGAGGUUUGUGUACAUCUUUCCAGAACCAGGUUCAGAGUUUGUUACCUCAGGGUUGCUUCCAUGGAAUAAGCCAGACCAUUGCUUCUCUUACCCUUUUAUUUUUAGCUGCUCUGCUUGUAAGCUUAACGUUUUGUUCACUUAAGUUGCUAACUGAUGUGUUUUGUUUUUUUUUGUAAUUUUUUUUAUUUUUAUUGUAGGUAUUUGAUAAAGUAAAUCAAUAAAAUGGGGGAUGUUGGAACUAGGGUGGCUGUAAUUGUACAUUGCCUUUGUUAAUUGGGGACAGCAUUUAUUAUCUUUUUUUGUUUUUUGUUUAAAAAAAAAAAGUCUCUGACAUUUUAUUUGACUUUAUAUUUAGAAGACAGCAAAUUGGUGCACUCCAACAUGAUGAAAAUUUUACUUGGUACUUACUGUUCCUGUUUAAAAUCUUGAAAAUUAAUAGGGGGGGGGGGGGCAUGAAGCUUAUUUGUGUAACUAUACAAUCUAUGUAAAACUUCUGUACAAAGAAAUGAAUUCAUGGUACAUAAAACUCAUCCUUUUUUCAGGUGUUCUUUUUCAAAGCUUGAAAUGAUACCUUCCAUAACAGCUGUUUAUCAACAUCAGAAGAAUCCCAGUGGCCCUGACAUGGAGACCACAGCACACCAUGAAUAUAUUGUCAGUCCUGUCGACUUCUUUCCAAGCAGUGCCGUCCUCAUGUAACUGAGUAUAGUCAUCUCAUGGGGAAGGUGGAACAGGGGCUGCACUAUAAAUGCAAAAUUAUUCAUUUUUUUUAUUUUUGACAAUAGCCUGAAACGCCUAGACUGAGAAAAGAUAGACCACCUUUUAAAGUAUGGAAUGUAUUUUAAUAAAAUGCAUUUGGACAUCAUAGAAUCCCAAAACCAUAAUGAGAGUCGGUUAUCCUUAAUCCAGUAGGGAAAAUGUAUGGAGUCCUAUUAUGUUUUGACCGAGAUGGCUUGGUUUAGCACUGAUAAUUAUGGUUGCAAUGUGACUUGCUUUAUCUGCAACGAUUCAGACCAUGUCUAGGGGUCCUGGACCUCGGGGUACCCUGUAUUUCCUUUCCAACAAUCCUUCCAUUCACAACUAGCUCUGUGUUUUGAAGAAAAUGUUUUAUUUUAUUUUAUUCUUCUCUGUUAUGGUGAUAGUCUGUGGGAGGGACAUUAAUUACAAUAGUUUUGCCCCUGGUUUUAAUGUGUCAACAAGUUUGCACAUUUUAAUAAUUUCUAUUUAAAAAUAAAAUUAAGGAAUAAUACAAAUAAAUAAAAUGAUUAUUUGUGAAACAGGGUUUUAGCAAUAAACUGUACUACUGAA